CUUUUCGCCUGAGCUUCCUUCACCGACGAGCAUACCUGACUCCCUACUACCCGAAGGAGCCAGCUCAAGAGAUAUGGCCCUUUCUCAGCUCUCAGAGAAGUCUCCGCUGUCGGGUGGCUCCCUCAGCAAGGGAGACUCCCGAGGCGACAUCCCCGACCUGGUUGAGGCUGCGGAGACCACGGAGGCCUUCGUCCCCUGCCUGGCCAAGGUGUUGGACCACCUCAUUCAGAUGUCCCAGGAGAACAUCGGACAGGUGGGUGGGUGGCCACGGGAGGCAGGCCGAGACAGCAUGUGGGAGGGGGGGCGGAGGAAGGGGAUGGACGUGGCCGUGUGUGUGGCGGGUGGUGCAGGUGACUCGGUUCCAUGCGGUGCGGCCUCCUGCGAUUUCGACGCAUGACUAUCUGGCGAGGUGGGUGUACACGACGGCAGGCAGCCGCCUGGUGGCACGCGUCUCGCGUGCUGCGGGUGGUCCACGGCCUUCCUCUGUGUGUGUGGUGUAUUUGGUUCAGGAUUGCCAAGUACUUCAACUGCAGCCCUGAGUGUUUCGUGUUAUCGCUCGUGUACAUCGACCGGAUUGUCAAACUGCACACCGACUUCACCGUCAACAAACUCAACAUACACAGGUCGGGGGGCGCACUCACACACAGAGGACACCCCUUCCCCUCCCCUCUUCCUGUCUGUCUCAUGUGUGCGCCAUCCAUCCCCUGCUGCUGCCUUGGUUGCGUGUGAUGUGAUAGGUUGUUGCUGACGAGUGUGUUGAUGGCGGUCAAGUAUUUCGACGACCACUACUACAGCAACGCCUACUACGCCCGAGUUGGGGGCGUCAAGACCGAGGAGAUGAACCACCUCGAGUCGCACUUCCUCAUGCUAGUCAAGUUCCAGCUGUACGUCACGCCACACGAAUACGACCAGUACCGCAAAAACGUCCUCGCAGCCGUACACGGAAUGGUAACCACCACCAGCACCACACCAACAACCAUACCCACCCCUCUCACUUGUCGGUCUCUCCUUCAGGAGCCGUCUAGCGUUAGUUCGCCGACGGCCGUGUCGGCGUCUCCGUCGAGCCUGCUGACGACGCCCAGCGAUGAGUCGGUGGCCAACCCGCCCAUGCACCCCAUGGCCGCCACCCUGCCCAUCGUCAGCACCGCCGCGCCGUUCCCGCCAACCAUGCCUUCCUUCUCCGACUCGGACAGCGACAGCACCCCGCUUCACGGCAAUGGUGGCAGUGGCCGUAGCGGCAGUGGUGUCGACAGACGGAGCAGCAAGGACCUGGCGGGCACCUUUGGGAUCGCCCUGCUGCAGCACCAGCAGCGCGUUGAGUGCGGGAGUGUGAGUGUAGGGGGGCUGCCGACCGUGUCCAGCACCCAUUGCUACGCGCCAUCGCAGUGUGAGAGUUCCAGCCUGUCGCUGCACUCGUCGAGCAGCUACAGCAUGUCGCUGCACACCCUCGCCAUCGAGAGGGGACUCAGCGACGUGGCCACCAUCCACUCCACGGGCUCGCCCCAGUCCACCGCAUGCCCCCCACACAUGUGGUCGGCCAACCCGGUGCUCUCAGCUUCGUCGCCCGCCGUCGCCCAGUCGUUCAACAACUGGUCGGCGCCGGCCCCCCCGCCCCCGCCGCACCAUGGUUGCCCUUCCCUGCCCCUGUACGCAGCAUCGGCUAGCAGCGAUCGUUGUGUGUCGGUGAGUCCGAUAGCGCCCCCACCUCCCCCGCCCCCGCCCCCGUCAGAGGGCAGCCGCAGCACGCGUGACGGUAGCGGCGACAGCCUGGCCGACUGGUACGACUGCGGUGCCGCCCUCAAGGGGCCGGAGCGAGUGCGGUCGGGUGGGUGUGCUGGUGCUGGUGCUGGUGUGGGUGGGGGCCUGCUGCCCACGCCGCCCCUCAGUUUUCGCAAGUGUGAGAGGGGCAGCAGUGUCGGCGGAGGAUUCGCCCACUCCCACUCGUCCCAGGCCAUGCAGCAGCAGCAGCAGCAGCAGCAGCCCCCACCGCCGCCCUUCCCGCCACCCGCACACAGCGGCCACCAUCAGCGGAGCUUCAGCAGCUUCCGGGGCGGCGUGCAGGGUUGCGGGUUCGUGCCGCCCCCUCCGCCCCCGUACGACAAGGACCAUGCGAGUGGCGGUGGUGUGGGGCACAUGUCGAUGAUGAUGAUGCAGAUGCACCACAAGGUGCCGAUCGCCAAGGCGCAUGCUGACUACCACCCCAAGAUCCAGGUCGUCAGCAACUACUGACUGAAUCGACCGCCGGGAUGGAGCGAGGGUCGGCGGGUGUUGGUGUGCGUGGGGAUAGUACAGCGAGUGAGUGAGUGUGGCGUGACGGCUCGCUCUGUUGGUUGAUGGAGGAAGCAAGGAAGAGGGCGAUGCCCAUGGUGGGGUGGAUGGAUCGUUGGAUGGGUGGCUGUAUCAUACUGAUGGAAUGAAUGAGUGGAUGAGUCGCGGGUGGGGUGGCGUGCAGACGCAGAAAGAAUGGUGGUCAGUCGGGUGUCUCUCUCUGUCUGUCUGUCUGGUUAGUGUGGUUGUGAGAGCGAGCCAGGGAUGCAUUGCAUUCCAUCCGUCGUGCUUGGAUGGCAUGGCGUGCAUGAGUGUCUCGGCCGGCCGGGUGACGCGCCCCUGUCUCUCGCUGAUAUUGUGCAGUCAGCGAGAGACAGGGUAAGGCGGCCUUGAGACGCCUGUUGACCGACUGACUGACUAAUGCUCGCUGGACAGGCAGGCGCGCAGGCAGGCAGGCAGGUGAGCUCUUGUCUCCCUCUCCCUCUCUCUCCCCUGUCGUCUCGUCUCCUUGUGUAGAAUAAGGCUAGAUUUGCCUGCCCCCUGCCUGCUCACCUGCCUGCCUGUUUGCCUGUUUGCCUGUUUGCGUGCGUGUGUGGCGUUGUGUGUCUUUUCCCUUUUUGACCGGCUGACCACCGUUGUAUGCCGAUUUCAUUCAUCAUGGAUUGAAUGGAUGGAUUGACGGAUGCACGCCUGAUGCAUAGAUACAUAAGUACAUACGUACAUGUCUGUCUGUCUACACAUGUAUAAGUUACGUACGUGUAUUGUAUACCUAUGUAUCUCUCUAUAUUCAGCUUCCUGUCUGUCUGUCUGUCUGUAUGCCAACCAACAGGAAACAGGAUUAUCUCACUUUUCCCCGUCUGCCUACGUAUCUGUCUGGCCCAUUCUUGUCUGUCAGUCUUGUCGGCCUGCCACACACGCCAUACCAUGUCAUGUCAUGCCAUCUUUCAAUCAAUGCUAUGGAUGCGAUGCUACUCGUACGUACCUGCUACUUGCUGAUGUCGUGCUGCGUGGAUGGAUGCGUGCAUCUGGAUGAAUGAGUGAGUGCGGUCGUGCUUUUGAUGGGCCGGAUGGUGCCAUGCGAUGCCAUGGGCAUGGGAGUGAGACAGGGCGCACGCACGUACGAGCUGAUGAGCAAUGGGGGGCUGUCCGUCGUCUGCGCGUUAUAAGUGAAUGGUGAAUGGCUACCCUACUGAUCUGUCUUGCUGGCGAAGAAAGAGGGGAGGGAGGGGGAGAGACAGACUGCGUGGCGGCUGGGUGGUGUCGUUCUGCGUACCGUGUACCUAUCGUGUAUCUAUAACGUCUCUUGUCGUGUGCACGUACCUGUGUACAUGUGUGGCGUGUUGUGUUGUGUUGUGUGUCUUGUCGAUUCAUCGUUCGUUUUGUCGUUUUGUGCACCCAGCCACUCCACAAAAUGGAGCGGAGCCACUCUGUGCACCUUAUCCACACACACACACACGCGCGUAUACACACAUCAUCACACACACAUUCCUGUGUGCAUACCUGCAUGGGUCUUUGAAGAUACCAGAAGGAGAGAGGGGGAGGGGAGAGAGGGGUUGCUGUGUCGGUGUACCUGUCUGUGUGUGUUCUCUACGUGUCAGUACGUCGCUGCUUUUCCUUGCCUCCGUGCCGCCAUCCAUCCAUCCAUUCGGUGGGCAGAUUCUCACGAGGGGGGCGGGUGUGGGCGUGUGUGAGGGAGAAGCUGCAGCUGCGGAUAUGAAUAAGGCUCGUCUGUCGCGUCUUUCUCUUCUCUCACACCACAGCCACGCCCGUCUACCGAUCUCACUUUUUUGCCCCAGCCACCAGCCACAGCUCUGCCAAUUUUCGUAUUUCUCGUACUGCUGAUGAGUGACGCUUACGUCCCUCAGAGGUUAGGGAGGUAGGUACUACCUGUUCCUUCCUGUCCGCCUCUCUGUCUGUCUCUCAGUACAAAUGUAUCUGUGCCUGCUCAUCACAUCACAUGGCAUCGGUGCUGUGCCCUUGCCUGCCUCUCGUCCCCUUCUCCUUCCUCUCUGUCUCUUCUUUUCUCUCAAUGUACCAUCACUCACUCGUCGAUUGACGGCAGGGCGUUUGUACACUACACUACACUACUCACAAGCUCACCCGUCCCCUCCUCUCCCUCCCCUCCCGCCCUUUUGGCUGAAUGGUUGGCGGCCUGACUGGCUAUCCGUCCGUCCGUCCGAUCAAAGAUCGGAAGCACUAUUGGCCCUCAUCUGAUGGGGCCUCCCACACGCACAGCAGACAGACAUGCCACGCCAUGCCACGCCAUGCCAGUCGCCGGCCAUUCAUUCUAUCAUGAUCCAUGAUGAUGCUUCCUUUGUUGUUUUCAUUUUCGUGCGUGUGGCAGGGAGGGAGGGAGGCGCGGGGAGAGAGCACGGCCCCUUUUUUCGCGAUAGAUAGGCGGGUGGCAUGGCAUGGCAUUCCGGAUGGAAGGGGCCAUUUUGGAUUCGCUGGCGGCUGGUGGCUGCUGAGGACGCCCCUCUCCCCCUCGGUACGGAUGGAUCGAUCGAAUGAAUCAAUUAGCGCUCUCUCUCUCUCGUUGACGGCUGAUGUGUGCGCAUGAGGGUGUAUACGGGUGGGUGGUACCAAUAGUCGCUGCGGCCUGUCGUAUCGUGGUGUCUUGUGUUGUGUCGAGAGAGAGGACAGACGGACAGACAGACAGACAGAUGGCUGGACGGAUGGAUGGAUGGACAGAGACAGACGAGCCCCCGGACCAGCCCCCGGGGGGCUGGAGAAAUGAAGGAAAGAUUGAUCGAUCUGUUGUCGUCCAUGUGUCUGAUUGAUGGAUGGAUGGCUUUUGCGUUGCGUUGCGUGCCCGUGAUGUAGAUCGCUUGUAUGCCGACAGACAGACAGACCGACAGGGAGAGGGAGAAGGGGAGUGGGGCGAUGUAUGUUGAUUUGUGUCCGUCCGUCCGUCCGUCCGUCCGUCGACCGAUCGAUUGAUCGUUGUGCUGUAGUGAGGAGCAUGUGUUCAUUCCUUCAUUUGCGCGUCAUGUCUCGUCAUGGCCACGAACGGGGAGACAGGGAGAGGGAGAGGGAGCAAGGAAGGUAGCCGUCCUUCCAGCGCCAACACGCCCCUCACUCCCUCUCUCUCUUUCUCGCCCUAUCUGCCUGCCUCUUCUUAACGGCUGGCCAUCAAUGACAGUGACUGACUUGACAGAAGAGUGUUUCUCCCAUUUUUGCGCACCCUCCCUCCUGCAGAUGGAUGGAUGGAUGAUUGCGUGUGCUGCCUGCCCUGCCCCGCCCUGCCCCGCCCCGCCCCUUUCCGGGGCGAUCCCUUUUUCGACAGACAGGACGGACAGACAGGCACGGCGCAGAGACGCGCAUGCCAAUGACAGAAGGAUAGACAGAUGCACGAGGGGGCUGGGGGCUGGCCGGCCGUCAUAAUUUUCACGACAACGGGAGGCUGGUGUGUUGAUGCGUGUAUGAGCGGCAAAGAAAGACAUUGUUGGUGCACCUGUCUGUCUGAGACAUUUGUCUGUGCCAUCAUCAAUCACUCGUGUGAAGGCACGUACAUACGUACACACACCUGGCUGCUGGCUGUGUUGCCGUGUUUGCACCGGCGGCCGGCAGCUGGCUGACGAUGGGUAGUAACCUGCAGAACAGAUGGAGAAUCAUGCGUGGCUACUGGUAUGUAUAUCACUUUCUGAUGAUGUGCUCACUACUCCUGGACUGACGGACUCACUGACUCACUCACUCACUGACUGACUUGAGUGGUGUGCAGAGAUGCAUUCAUGCUGCUGCCUGACUGCCUGCUUGCCUGCUGCGUGUGUUGUGUUGUGUUGUGUGUGGUUUUGCCAUGACUGACUGACUGACUGCGUUCCUUCCCGAGUGAGAGUGAGCGAGUGACUAAUGCUGCUAUUUGUGAGAGCAGAGCACGGAACUCCUGAUUGACUGACUGAUGAUCAAGGCCAGACAGACGGACAGACAGACGGACAGCGAGGAGGGGAGAAGGAGAGAGGGGGAGGGGAAUGGUUUUGUCGUCUGUCGUCUGCGAACGAAUGAAUGGAUGGAUGGAUGUCGGGGUGUCGGUCGAUCGUGGGCGAGUGGGAGGGUGUCUGUAUAGGAAGGUCGUGUGUGUCGAUUUGUAAACUACUCAUAUGCGUACGUAUGUGUAAACGGCGGGCGGCAAUCCUGGAGGCGUCUCCUUUUUGUAUACAACCCAUCACACACACACCCACACUGACGCACGCACGCACGAUAAUUAAUUUUGCGGGCGGCCUUGCUUGCUUCUUUCUUUCUUUGACUUGACGUGUGUGUCGUGUCGCCUGUGUGGCGCUGUAGCCUCCCUCCUGCAUGUCGUAAGUGUUGGUUUCUCUUUUUCCCUCGUCGUUUUGUUUGUUUUUGUCAGUCCGUCAGUUGGUCACACACACAAGCUACUGCUUAUGCGUCUCGUGACAUCGAUCGCACAUUGGGCCUGCUCAAGUGUACGGCUGGUUCUUUCUUUCUGUCUGCCGUCCAUUCAUUCAUUCAUUCUCUUUGCCUACCUUGGUCCGUCAGCCACGCACCCAUCCAAUGCAUUCACAUCACAGACCUGCUGCGUGUGCGGUGCGCCGUCUCUUUUGCCCUUGUUCCCUCCUGCGUGUUGGUGAGUGAGUAAAGGCUGUAUACAUGUGUGGUGUACACUUAACAACGUAUAUCUCUAUCUUUCCCUCCCUCCCCGUCAUGGCGAAUGGUCGACCACACGGCUGCUGGCGACUUUUGACAUUUUUCUCCUCCUCCCAGACACACACAUACCAUACACGCGCGGAUGAUCAGGAAGUGAGCGAGCGAGUAAGCGAGUGGGCUGUAUUAUACCUACCAUACCGACAGAUGGAUGGAUGGAUGGAUGGAUUGACGUGUGGUGUGUCUGCGAGUGGUGAAUGCACAUCUACCUGCCUGCCUGCAUGCCUACAUGGGUGUGUUGUAUCGCUUCGCUGCUCUGCUGCGUUGGUGUUGUUUGUGAAGUGACGACACUCACCCACUACCCACUCACCCAUGCCGGCCGUGCAUUUGCAGACCCAAAGGCCACAGCCCCCACCAAACCACACCACACGACGCCACUCACACAUCAAUUCAUCCCACCUUUCGCCCAGUAGCACCUAGGUCCUGCACGCCUGACAGAGAGAGAGGGGGGGAGGAAGAGAGGGCACAUGCAGGCAGCCGUCCUCGCAUCUGCGUGCAUGACGGUGCAGCCAACGAAUGGUUCUUGACUGGACGACCUGACGACGACGACGGCGAUGGCGAUUUUUUGGGCCACCCAGUCGACUAACUAUUAGUGCUAGCUCACGAUUAGGUAAGUAGGUGGGCGGCUCAGCGAGAGAUCCAUUACAGAGAGGGGCGAGGGAGGGGGAUAUUUGUAUUCUGUGUAUGUAUGUAUGUGUCCUUGCUGCUGUCUGCCUGCCCGGGGUGGUGCCAUGCCCACCCAUCCACACACGCGGAACAGCUCCGGUCUUCCUUUUUUCCCAAUGCAGGGCUGCCGGCGGCCGGCCGAAGACAGACAGACAAACAAGGCAUGCGUGUCGAUCGAUGGAUUGAUGUUUACACAAUUUUGCGGUUCCGAGCGACCGACCCACCCACCUGCGUGCAUAUGUGUGUAUGUGUCUGUACAGGCUGCGUGUGAUGUGUUUCUGUGACGGCUGGAGGGAAGAACUGUCUUGUGGCUGGCUGUAAUUCGCUGACUCCGCUACUCCUCUCGUCGAUCUCACUGACUUGACUGACGAUGAUUGACCACUGAAUGCACUGUCCAUACGUCCACACAUGCACCUCGACGUCACUCGUCCCCUGUUUGGAAAAAAAUAAGAUAGCGCAGUGCAGUGCAGUGCCUAUUCUGCCUAGCCUGUCUGUCAGUCGGUCUAUCUGUCUGUCUAUCUGCCCGUCCUCCCUUCUAGUCUGAGAGUCUCCGGCUCGCUCACCCCAUCCAGCUACUCACUUGCCCACUUACCUACCCACUUAUCCACCUGUUGUGCCCACCAACAGUGUACCAUAGAAGCCCCCUCCCUCCUCCUAAGGCUACCUGCCUGUCUGUCGGUUGGCUACCUUCCCCCUGAGUGAGUGCGUCCAUCUACAAGUGUAUCUAUCUACCUUCGCC